AAAUCCAUCUAGAGAUCGAAGCCAACGAGUUUGGUGCGUUCGAUAAAAACGUGUUCGAUGAAACGCUCCUUCGCGCAUUGCAUACGUCUUUUCGCAUCAACAGUCGCGUCUCUCUCAAUCGUUUGAGCGCUCACGCACGCCAACAAUUGGCCGGCUCGGGUAUCCAGCGCAAGUGGUGCGAAUCGUAUAAGCAUGAUCAUCACUUGGGUCUGUUCGACGGACGGGUGCCACUAUUGUUACGCGUGUGCAUAAACGCAAAGGAAGACAAUGGCAGUGGCGCAGCCAUCACCGCUGCUAAAAAAAUGACGACGACGACGAUGACGACGACGAGCAGCUAUCAUCGCUUUCUGCAAGAUCGUCACGCAAGACCCGCAGUUUUAGAAUUAGGACCGAUAUUGUUUGCUCGGGAGCGAAUCGCAGUUUCAGCUUCUAGCGUGCCUCUAUCGAGUCGCAAAGUAGAGUCGUACGAAGGAGAAUUCGACUUGGCUGCGGACUCCUUGCGACCAGCGGCCCUUCGACACCUCGGCCAACGUUCAAUGUACUAUCGCCGUAUAUACAUGGCACAUAUGGUAUUAUUCGCUGCGUGUGAUACACUUUUGCGGGACAACGAUCGAAAGUUGAUGGUACUAGUUUCGCCCGAACUGCGCAUUCUGCUACGCUUGCCAACGUCGCUAAGUGUGAUGCUGCAUUCCAAUUCGCGCGUCGCGUUUCACUAUUUGUAACGCAGUUUGCGACGGAUCUAACUCGUUACGUGCAUAAUGGAAAACUGGUCCGCUCAUUGCGAGCUCGAAACAACGCUCGGAUAUUCGCUUCCGGUCAGCGUGGGUCAAAGUGCAUUAUUUGACGAAUUCUGGUCGCUCGAUUGUAAUCUCGAAUCUUUCGUACAUCGCAAAUUGCGAAUCGGAGCAUCAACGUAGCGAUUCGGUACGAUAUCCAUAAUAUCGUAUCGAGACCGUCGUCCAACUAACUCCACGCCUCAAGCGCCUGACAGAUUAUAGGUUCUGCGAUCGCUCGCUCGUUGCAACGAUCAGGAUCGACUGAUCUCUCAGCUCAAAAUUCCAUUGGCGUACAGUAGAUAUGCAAGAUACGAACGGGCUCACGAUCGUGCGAAACGUCAAUUGACAUACGAGGAUAAUGCGCGCUAUCCGUUAAUUCUUCGCGACACACUGAACGCGGAGCUUCGAAUGCCGUUACGCUACGAAAGAGAGCUCACCGAUCUCGAGGACGACACGAGCGACUCGAAUCUCGGCCUGUGUUUCGAACACCGGCUCUCUUUCUUUGCACUAGCGUGCGCCCAUUGCUCCGACGCGAAAACGAUUCGUGAAAACGACGACAAUCUUCCGCGCGAAGCAUGUAACCAAUGUGUCUCUCCGUUAUCACCGCGUACUGUGCGUGUAUCUCUGCGCGCUCGUCUCAACGAAUAUCACGAGGCAUCGUAUCAUCUGGAUCUGGAAUGCGAAACAUCUCUAACGAGCGCCAUCAACACUCCCAGGGAGAGAUUCGCUCGUCACAACACUAUCGUGGCGGUGCACAGAGCAUUGGUGCUUCCAUGGCUACGUAAACACUGGCCCGACGGACUGCUGUUCGACGGCCUGCGCUCCGUGCCGCUGAAAGAAGCGCUUGACGAACUGUCGCUGAUUCGCGCUGUUACAGGACCGAAUUGUAUAACGAGAACCAACAUGAUGCAGGAACUGGCGAGUCGUAUCGUGCACCAUGCCGAAUCGUCGCUCGUUGCCAAACUCAAGUACGAUGGCGCUUUUGGUGUCUUGAUAAACGGCGCCUUGCGACUCGAUAGACGCGAGAUUCGUCAAUGGCCAUUGACGUGCACAACGACGAUAGAAGCCGCAGCUCCUUCGGAGGAAGAACGUCGCGAUACACCCGUAUUAUCCGGACAAUAUGUGUACCAAAUUGAAACUAUGCGAAACGGAAAUAUACAUUAUGCCGAUGUUAUCACAGAGAUUGUAUGCAUUGGAGAUCACGAAGAGUUGCUUCGUACUCAAAGCAACGGUGCGCUCGUGCGUCGAGUCGAGUGUACCGAAUACGCUGAAGGAGCUGAACAGCGCAACUCGCUGACAGCGUACGCGGUAACAUCCGAAAAUCGCGAAACCAUCAACGAAUGGGCAUUUAUUGCGUAAGUACUUGUUCAGUGUGGAUCGUUGGAGAAUCUCGACGCUUUUGUCUCAUGUGGAGAUAUUCUUCGCGAAACCUAUGUAUCGAACGACACGACUGAUGAACUGCAAGCUGCAAUCGUGACGCUGCGUUACGAUUCGUCAAAUAACAACAAUCAUCGUCACAUGAACAUGAUUCUGCGUCGCGGUGCACUGGACCUGUACAAAUGGUGUCAAUUGAGCGUCGCCGCAACAACGAACAACGAACAGCCGGUGAACGGCGAUAAAUCGCUUCGAAAUCAAAUGACUCAACUCUCUAACCUCCGUCGAGCUGUCGUGAGGUCCGUGUUCGACACGUGCCUCGAGAAUAGAAUGACUUUGUCGCGUCGUGACUAUCUCAGUCGAGUUAUCAUUCCGGUCGAUUUAAUAUACUCGAAUGCCAUAUUGUGUGAUGCGUACGAAAUGUAGGAAAUGCGCGGCUACACGUCCGCUACCACUGAUAACGACGUCGCCAAUAUCUUGUUGAUCAGUCGACCCUUUCAACUACCCUACGAAAUUGCACGGCUGCUGAACGAAUAUGACUCUCCGCGCGCAAAUAUUUCGACCGAUGGCAUUCUGAUAAAUGCGCAAGCGCAUCACGGUAAUCUUUUGUCAUGGUGUUUCACAUGCGCCAACACGUACGAAAAGAUAAAAUUGCGGCAGAGCGUCGAGCUGAUCGUGUCGUGGGACUUGAACGAAUUGCGCUCUCACGAAAUCGUAUUGGCCGUGCGACGAUACGCCACAUCAAACGUUGUCGCGACUGAUGGUUCGAGCAUCACAACUUUGCAAUACACGGUUCAAUCUCGUCGACUGAUCACCGCGUGGCAACAACAAAGCUCGUUACUCAUUGUAGAAAAUGUCUCGGAGAUGAUGACUCUCGAUACUACUGUCACUGCGAGCGGUGCCAUUGAUCGAUUGGCCGAAUUCGAAUACGUCGCGCUCGGAACGGUGCGUUUCGUUCGAUGGCGCAACGAUAAAGACGAAGCCGAUUCAACCAACAAAGUCAUAUGGUCUUGGAGAAUAUAAAAUUUCCAAUAUGUGCCGAACGCCAAAGUUUGUCCAGGCGCCAAAAGCGA